CUGCAGAUGUCUCCAACUCUUUUUCUCUCCUAUGCUGCACUAUCCUCAUCCAUCUCUAUGCAUGUUCGCUGAGCCCACCUCCUUCUCCUGCAUGCUAGACAACCCUUAACCAUCUCCAUGUGUUAUGCAAUUCUCUCCACUUCCUUUUGUUGCGUGCUGCACCAUCCUAGCUCAACUAUCUCCAUGUAGUAGUGCGGUAUUAAUUUUGGAAUAUUUUGGCUAGGUUCCUGAUCGUUUUGUCAGUUUAGCACUGAGAUCGAGUCUUCGAUUUUAUGCGAGUGAGGUAAGUAAAUUUAUGGUAAUGCCUGUACAGUUUUUAAAAGCAUGUUUUGACUUGUUUUUGAAGUGGUAGCGGGACUAAACCCGUUUUAUACAAAAGUAAGUAUGAUUGAUUUGAAGUGAAAUUUUUAUGCUUUUCAUUAAAUUGAGCAUGCUUACUUGAAAUUUAAUUGAUUGUCCUGAUGAUCUAAAAGUGAUUGGUGAAUUAUGGUUUUUCUGUUAACUUCUGCUUGGUUUGUCUCCGAUGUGGUCAUGUUAUUAGUGUGCCCACCAGUGGGAGGUUUAUAAAUGCUAGCACAUGUCGACAUGUUAUUGAUAGAACCGGUUCAUUCGAGUGACCCUGCUAGUGGGGGUUAUACACCAGCAAAUAGUGUAGCCUGCCAGUGGGAGGUUUAUAACACUGGCCAUGACCUAUAGAGGAGACGUCUAUUUCAUUCCCGUACUGUUUCUGUUUUUCAUGAUUACACUUGUUGGCAUGCUAUAAGUUUAAUUAAGGGCACUCCAUAUUUUACUUACUGAGUUUAUCUCAUAGUUUUUCCUUGUCCAGCAUUUCAGGAAGCGAAACCGAGGAUGGGGAAACCAUGAGAAGUGACGAGUUAGAAGGCUAGCCAUUUCAAGAUUGAUAUAGAUUUUAGAAAUAAAUCAUGCUUUUGAAAGAUAGAUUUUACCUUGAAUUUAUGAGAUCAAAACAGAUUUCGGUCAUUAGAUCAAUUACUUGGAUUUAAGUCAUUUUGGAUAUAGAAAUAAAUUGAGAUGUUUGAU